GCCCCCUUUAUGGCGGUGUAGCUGCGCAGUUGAAUGGCACACAGCAGGGCGACUUUGUAAUAUCACGCGCGUUGUUGAUGUUUCAAACCUUCGCAGCACGAUAUUAGUACCUCGGCGUUACUGUAGCAUCGAUUUGGGAAAAAUAACCGGAUUGUCCGGAUAAAAAACAGGCCGUUUUUGCGCGUGUCAUGGAGGGCCAGAAAGACUCAGAGCCCUGUCGGUCGGCCACCGCGCGAGCUGUUGCUCUCGCUCACUUAUUGCACCAGGAGAGCAAAAAUUUGUUGGAAUUAUAUUAGGAUGCCUUCUUGCUCACGUCAGUCUCUGCCCAUCUUGUUACUCAUUCAGAAAGCGCGAGAGAGCUUCCUCUCUCAUCACGUCCCCGAGGGUGAGCGUUUGUUGAUCUUUGACCUCUGCGCCGACACGCCAAGCUCUGCGCAGCGGGUAGGCCACGCGCACUCAGCCUUGAGCCGGUGCCUGGAGAUGCUGGAGUGUCUGGUUGCCCGAGAGAUGGAGGAGCUGGGUGAAGAAUUCGAAGGCGAGUACGAAACUGCCAGGAAAACCGUGAAGGAUCGACUCGGGCAUCUUCUGCACAGCACUGGAGCACUGCUGGAGAACGGAGAGGAUGUGUGUGCUCCAUUGCCUGAGUUCCAAUGUGUCGAGGGUUUGGACGAGGUCGAGGGUUCAGGCAGCUUUGCUGCUAAGCUCUGGACCUACAGAGUUCUGCUGGAGUUGAUCCACUGGAGCGACUCGGCCGCUCACGCCCUUCGCCUCCUCCACUCCGAGCGAGAGAAUGAGCAAGAACUCUAGAUGAUUACAUCCUCUGUGCAUGGAGUACGUCCUGAUUUUGCUCAGAAACAAGAGUCAGCAGGGGCGAGGCUUAAGUUUUUCAUUUCUUCCUUUUAUUUCUUUGGCUUGUCAUGCUGACUUGCUCAAUAAACUCUGGUUUUAAUCACACAAUAUAAUGGUAUAGAUAAAUCAUCAGCUAAGCUAGCCAUCUGCUUAAACGCCGACUGAGAUAACGUGAGCCAGUUAACUAGUCGAUUUAAUUAAUGCUACCUCACUAGCACCUGAUGUUAAGUAGACAGAUAGGUUCAUUAAAACCAGUAGUCAAGUGCACAAGCAAGAUCAGUUUAGUUCAGUUUAAGCCCUGCCCUUGUUGACCCAAGAAUGACAGUCACAAAAUCAGGACACUACUGUGCAUUAUGAUCACUUAUUGUAUUAAAUAAAAAGACCCAAAAUUGCACCUGAGUGGGGCAACAGAACGUUGUUCACCCUGACAUCUGGAGAUUACGAGAUCAAAUGGCUAGUGGGGUUCAGAUGGGUUUUAUAAUCUCUGUUCUCCAUCAAUCAUAGUGGCACCAGUCAAUCAUGGGCAUCCUAACUCAUGUACAGUCAUGAGAAAAAAUAAGUACACCCCAUGGACACUGUUGGUUUUUUUGACUUACUUGGACGAGCAAACAUUUGAUCAUCUUUGAAACAGUGCCUGUUAAUGAAGUUGAUACACUUCAAUGAAGGAAAAUUAGCUUUUUCAAUCAUUUAUUGAACAAAAAUAUCAAUAUUUGUGACAUAGGUAGUUAAAAUGUCCUAGCUAGCAAGGUUAUAAAACAAUACUCAUUAAGAAACAAUUGGGGCAAAUGCUACGAUUCCCAGCUAAAUGGAAACUUGUCAGGCGGUCGGCUCUUUAGCUUAGCUAACUAACUACCUUAUGGUUGUCAGUUGCUAGCACAAGUCUUCCACGUGGCAGUUAUUUCUUCAAAAAGUUAACUAUCCUGGGCAUUUGGAAGUUUGUUGCAUUGGUAAUUUACAAGACAAAUGUGUCAGUUGACCAGUGUUUGCAUUCCUUUGAGCUUUAGAGCUUUAUGUACUUUAGUAAAACAUGGACCAUACAAUUUCAAAAGUUUAAGCUUCACAGCUAAUGAGUAGAACCUCACAGUGGUCUAAAACAAGUCCUUGUCAGCUUCCUCUUAACGUGUCUGUUAAUGGAUGAAGCUGUUUAGAAGUAUAAAAACAGAAGAAAAAAAAUACUAAACACUACAAAAAAUAACUUUUUUCCAGUUUUAACUAGAUAACUUAAACUAUGUAUAUACAAGAGCAGAAUUCACUUUAUUUUCCAAGCUAGUUAGCAAACUUUCAAGUUAGCAUGCUACCUGGUUUGCAGAUUGGCUGAUUCUUCAUCUUUUUUCUUUGGGUUUUAUGGCAGUUGGCCAACAAAUUUUGGUGCAUCUCUCCCACCUACUGUGAUGGAGUGUGGAGCAUCGAUGUGAAGGGUGGGAUUAGGAUUAGGAUGUAAAUUAGUUAUGAAGCUGGCAUAAUUUGAUGCCCAGUUUUAGGGAGCUUGAUUGUACAAAACUCAAGAAAAAAACGACAUUGUUCUUGCUGCUAAGAUUGUGUGUUCCUGUUGAAAAAUAUGCUAGUAACUAUAUACUCCGUUAAUAAAUACCCUUAAUGCAUAUCCGAAGGGAAAAUCAACAGGGGCGAGAUAAAAAAACAGUACUGAAUGUAGAGUCUUAGCAUGUGAACACUGUACUAACACUCUGCGCUGCUCAAACGGCUUCUGUGUAACAUUUCUCCGUACCUGACUGUGAAAUGAACAACCUUUUUAAAAACAAUUGUGACGCUAUGUUAGCAUUAUAUAUUAGCAUUAACAUUAACAAACAUUUUAGCCUGAAUGUUACAGUUUUCUUUCUUUAAUUAUUUGAUCAACAUUAUGUAUUUAUUUACUUUAUAUUUUUUAUUAAACCUGUUAAGAAUUUGUGCCAGAAACAGUACUAACAACUACAUGCAAACAUGCUGUGAAAAUCUAACCCGUUACUAAUUGUUGCUCAGUUUUUGCUAUGUAUUGUAGUAGACCUGUUAGCAAAGUGUUUUGCACACCUUAGACAUGUACACAAAAGGUGUUUUCCAGAUACACUAGCUGCUUCAAUUGAAAAAAAUGUGAGAAUGUAGAGACUAUAAAAAAUAUUUUGUAUUUUUAUUUAUUAGUGGGUGAUAUAAACCUGAUAAAUAAAUAAAAAAUGAACUAA